AUAUUAAAAUUUAUGUUUUGUGUUUUAAAUUCACUACAAAUGAAUAUUUCAUUGUGACUGAUUGAAGUGAUUGAGACAGAAAAAUCACAUUAGGUUUACUGCAGAAACAGAAGACUGUAGACAUUCUGUAUACUGAACACAUACGUUCGACUGCACUGUUUGUGUUAAUGCUGAAUUUGUUUGUCUGUCCUUCAGAAUUGGAUCAUCCAUGGAGGAAAAUGCCUUGGGGAGAAAAGGACAAAAUUGAACGUAAACUGAGGACAUUCAGGCUCAAGGGAACAAGUGCUCGGUUCAUCAGGAUUCUGGUUGUUGGUGAAGUCGGAGCAGGAAAGUCCAGUUUUAUAAACUCAGUCAAUAAUGUUUUCCAAGGACGAAUCACCUCUGGGGCUCUUGUUGACAUGACAGGAAGUACCAGUUUCACAAAGAAUUACAAAACUCAUUAUAUUAAAGCAGAGGAUGGCUCCAAUUUGCCUUUUGUCUUUAAUGAUAUCAUGGGACUUGAGGACAGAGAGUCUGGUGCAAGUGCACAAGACAUCAUCAGAGCCAUAGACGGUUUACUUGAGGAAGGACACAAUUUUGAUGCACAUGUGAGGGACGUUAACUACAGAAGCAACCCCAGUGUCGAGGAACAAACCACAUGCCUGGUCAACAUUGUUGCUGCAGACAAAAUAUCAAUGAUGAAGGAUGGGGUCAUUGAUAAGCUGAAAAAAAUCCGUCAGGCCGCUACUGAACUGAAUAUGCCUCAAGUAAUCAUCAUGACAAGACCAGAUUUAGCAUGUCCACUGGUUCAACAGGACUUAAGGAAGAUCUACACCAGCAAGAAGAUCAAGGAGAAGUCUAGUCUUCACCCCUUCAUAUGUGGUCUGGGAAGCUAAUGUCCUGUAAUAAAACCUGGAUUUAAUUUCCUGCUCAGAACUGCACACAUCUGACAUCUGACACUUCAGUAAACUCCACCAUGCAUGCAGGUCCAUAGUUUAAUCUCAGGUCUGAUUCCUCAGUAUUAGUGCCUCCCUAAGUGCACAUACCUCAACUAUGACUAUGUCCAUGUCUGGCAUAAUUAGUGAAAAACUGAACGUCUAUCUUACUCUGUUCACUCUUACAUUAUCAAUC